AUGCAACGCUUUAGCCACUUUCUGAUCCAGGACAGCGACUCGGACACCGCCGAGGAGGCUGCGCCGCGCGCGAGCCAGCCCACCAAUGCGGCGGAUGGCUCCUCGCACGGCUCCGCGGUACACGAAUGUGCCAGCAACGACACCCUGCACUCUUUGCCGCGUAAUACUGAGAAUGAGGCACCGACUGCAACGCAGGCAGCAGCCCCGCAGGCAGCCCCGCCGUUGGAGCACACUAUGGAAAGAGACGGGUUGCCGACGUUCCCACCACACGUGUUGCCGCCUACCUCACCUGACCCCCACAUGCUAGACGGGUCGGCAGCGUACCAGGACUCCUUGCUGUCGUCGUCGCAUCAAUAUGCCAGCGCCAGUGCAGCGGCAAGAGGGGCGCCUAGCUCUCAGCAAAGGGACGCUGCCGACGCCGAGGCGCACGAUUCGAUGCGGUCGGCUCAUGCCAGCAACGUCCCUCCGCACGCCGACGAGGUGGUAGCCCCACCGACGCAGAAGAAGGCGUCUGCUUGCUGUGGGAUUUUCUUCUGCUGCAAGCGGAGGAAGGCAUGCGCUUGCUGCAGGCUCUUCUCUAUCUGCAAGCGGAAGAGGACGUCGGCGACGGUGAGAGACAGCGAGGCGCAAUCGGCGCAGGCGUCCGCAGAGGAGACGAUCUCCAUCGAGGCACAGGAUUCCCCUGCACACCUCGUCGCGGCAAGGGCGACCGAGGGCUCCUCGGAGGGAGCGCUAAGCAUUCCCGUCGCGGAAGGCGCGGCCUCCCCCAAGCAUUCGUCAUCGCAGUCCAGCAAGACAAACUGUGCACAGUCGAAGGAGGAGGAGGAGGUCGAAGGAGAGGAGGCUUCGUUGCAGCGGUCCAGACACGAAUCCUCUGCACACGCCUUUGCUGAACACUCAGCUCCCAACGCUGCGGAGGACGGCGGUGCCUCGGAACACAGCACGUUGCCAGUACCCUCCGUUUUGCAAGGCCCAGAUGCGGUUCACAAAGAGCCAGACGAUCCGGCGACGGCGGCCGCAGGAUCGGGCGACGCUGAGAAGCCUGCAACCAAGGGGCGCCAUGUGAAGCGCGUCAAGGCGUUGGUGCGGCGCCGUCGGUCGAACCUGGCGAAAGGGAGCGGCGACAGCGCCGGGCCGGCUGGCUCGGACAAGGCAUCUGACAACAGCGAAGGCGAGCAGCGGUCUGCGCACAGCGCAGAGGCUAGGGUGGCAAAGGCGUCCGAAGCCCUGUCUGCUCCUCUCGACAGAGCGAAGAUGUCGUCGGCAGCGGCGACCUCUGCCUCGUCCUUCAAGGCCAAGCGGCCGUCACCGCACUCGCACGCAGCUGUUACCGCGCCGGACAGCCCCACACACACCGGCAGUGGGAGUUAUAAGGGCUCUGGUUCCUACUCGUACUCGUACGGGUACUCAAGCAGCUAUAGCGCUUCGAACAGCCUCGCCGCAUCGCGCACGGCAUCCUCGAGCAUUGGUUCGGCGCAGAAACCGGUCGCCUCGGAUGCCCCGCGGCGACGAUCCGCGCAGGCUUCCUCUGCGCGGUCUGGCGUGCGCAGUGCCCACGUCGCCUCCUCCGCCUCCAAGCGCAGCCACAAGCCCACUAGCAUACUCCUGCAAGAAGAGCUCCCCCUGUCCAUGCCAGCGUAUCGGCGGCGCGUUUUGCUCGACCUGCGCGCGCGGGAAAGGCGCGACGCUGAGGAGGCGGCGAGGGAGUGGCGCGACCUUACCUUUCGCCCUCAAAUACACAACCCGUACAACGACUGCCUCGACGCGUCACCGGCGGUGACGACGGACCGCAGCCACUCGCCUUUCAGCGAGUCUCACGGGUUUCCCAUGCAUUUCUCUCCGUCCGGCUUUUCAGAGCCUUCCCCGGGUUGCUACCGGAUUCGCCGCGUCUCCCCCCGCCUGUUGCAGUCGCGCCGCGCACCGCAGCAGCCCGCGCCACCGCCGUUCAAGCCUGUCAUCUCCGAGUACGCGAAGAACUCGGUAGUGCCGAAAUUCAAUGUCUUCACGCGCCUGUAUAAACCCCGCAGCUCCUCGCCGCCAGCGCCGGGUGACACCUACCCGCACAAGCCGGAGAUUUCAAAGCUGACGUGUGAGCUGUACACGCGCCGCCGCGCUGAGGGCGACGACGCAACACCGCCGCGCAGGUCGGUGUUCGACCGCCUCUACAACGUGCGCCGGUCCCCCAGCUCCAGCCCUACUAAGUCUCCCUCCCGCUCUGCCAUGCGCCAACCGCCGUUCAAGCCCCAAAUCACUGAGAGGGCACGCCGCCUGUCGGCGAUGCUUCCGAAGGAGCCAUUUGGCGACCGGCUUUACCGCCACAGUCGCUUGUCGAGGUGUGUGAACCAUUCCCCGCUCCUCGCGCGUGAACAGUUCCGAGGCGACUACGGCACCGAACAGGUGAUGACGAACGACAGAAGUAAGGACAGAUCUUCCUGGUCGUCAGAGUCGUCCAUUGAGGUGAGGGGUACGGCGACCGCGUCAGCGGAUCUCGAUCGCCGCUUCUCGCAAACCCAAGCCACGCUGGAGGAGAUGUAG